CACUACACAUUAACUCGUGAGUGAGAAAGAGAUUGCGUUUGUUUUUCACCGAAAAAGUUUUGAACGACACCAUCAAAUCGUGGUGCAGGCGAAUAUAUAUUCUGAAGGAUUUUUUUAGCUGCCUUGGCGAAUCACAAGUGAAUUUAAACGCAACGUUUCAACAUAAACAUUAGAUAAAGAUGCAUCGUGCCCAUACAGCUUAUUCGGUGUGCUUAUCACCGGCCAGACAACCAAAAUUAUCCCAAUGGUUGGCACAAAAGACAUCAGAUAAGGCCAAGUUUAUGAAGGACUUUUUGACCAUAUCAUCGGUUCGAAGCUACUCAAUGGCCGCUGACAAGCCAUCACUUGAUGGUAAUAGCUCAAGCUAUGUUGAAGAAAUGUACAACUCGUGGUUACGAGAUCCAACUUCUGUGCAUACGUCAUGGGAUGCAUAUUUCCGAAGCAACACUUAUUGUUCACCACCAUCGCUUGCACCUGUACAAAGAAAUCAAGUGCCAUUAUCACAAUUGGCACCAUUCAUGGGUGGCGGUUCACUUGCCGGCGUUGAACCUGACGAAAAAAUCAUUGACGAUCAUUUGGCUGUGCAAGCAAUCAUUAGAAGCUAUCAGUCACGCGGUCAUUUGGUUGCUGAUGUGGAUCCGUUAGGCAUUACAACCAGUGCUCCCAAAGAAAUCGGCGGCACAAAGAGACGAGCCAAUGAAAAUGUUACACGAAAAUAUUUUAAUUUUGACGAGAAAGAUAUGGAUCGUGUAUUCAAACUACCAAGUACAACCUUCAUUGGAGGACAAGACAAAGCAUUGCCACUACGUGAAAUUUUGGACCGUUUGGAAAAAGUUUAUUGUAAUAAAAUAGGUGUUGAGUUUAUGUUUAUUAAUUCGUUGGAACAAUGUAACUGGAUUCGUAAGAAGUUUGAAUCGCCUGGUGUUAUGAAUUAUACGCCCGAAGAGAAACGUUUGAUUUUGGCACGUUUGACUCGGGCCACCGGAUUUGAAGCAUUUUUGGCAAAGAAAUUCCAGUCGGAAAAGCGUUUCGGUUUGGAAGGUGGUGAAAUGAUGAUUCCGGCCAUGAAACAACUCAUUGAUGUAUCAACGAAACUUGGCGUUGAAUCAGUUAUCAUGGGAAUGCCACAUCGUGGCCGUUUGAAUACUUUGGCUAAUGUGUGCCGUAAGCCAUUGCAUCAUAUUUUCACACAAUUUGCUGGUUUGGAAGCGGCCGAUGACGGAUCAGGUGAUGUAAAAUAUCACUUGGGCACCUACAUUGAACGUUUGAAUCGUGUCACAAAUAAAAAUGUUCGUUUGGCUAUUGUUGCAAAUCCAUCGCAUUUGGAGGCUUGCGAUCCAGUUGUACAGGGUAAAACACGGGCCGAACAAUUUUAUCGCGGUGAUGGUGAAGGUAAACGUGUUAUGUCAAUGUUGAUUCAUGGUGAUGCCGCAUUCUGCGGUCAAGGUGUCGUCUUUGAAACAAUGCAUUUGUCAGAAUUGCCCGAUUACACAACACACGGUACAAUUCAUUUGGUUGUCAACAAUCAAAUUGGUUUCACUACCGAUCCACGUUUUUCACGCUCAUCACCAUACUGUACCGAUGUUGCACGCGUUGUUAAUGCACCAAUUUUCCAUGUUAAUGCCGACGACCCUGAAGCUGUUAUGCAUGUAUGUAGCGUGGCUGCUGAAUGGCGUGCCACAUUCCAUAAGGAUGUUGUUAUCGAUUUGGUCAGCUAUCGACGCAAUGGGCAUAAUGAAAUUGAUGAACCAAUGUUCACACAACCUCUUAUGUACCAAAAAAUUCGUCAACAUAAGAAUUGCUUGGAAAUUUACUCAGACAAAUUGAUCAAAGAAGGAAUCGUUAGUGAUGAAGAUGUUAAGAGUGUUCGUGACAAAUACGAAAAGAUCUGCGAAGAAGCAUUCUUAUUGGCCAAAAAAGAAACACACAUCAAAUACAAGGAUUGGUUGGAUUCACCAUGGUCUGGCUUCUUUGAGGGAAAAGACCCAUUGAAAGUGGCAUCAACAGGUGUCAAGGAGGAGACUUUGGUUCACAUUGGCAACCGAUUCUCAUCACCACCACCAAAUGCCGCUGAAUUUAUUAUUCACAGAGGCUUGUUGCGUAUUUUGGCAGCUCGUAAAGAAAUGGUCGACCAAAAAGUCGUUGAUUGGGCAAUGGGUGAAGCAAUGGCAUUUGGAUCUUUACUAAAAGAAGGCAUUCACGUACGUUUAUCGGGUCAAGAUGUUGAACGUGGUACAUUCUCACAUCGUCAUCAUGUGCUCCAUCAUCAAAAUGUUGACAAAGCCACUUAUCGGCCACUCUGCCACUUGUAUCCAGAUCAAGCACCAUACAGUGUCAAUAAUAGUUCCUUGUCUGAAUAUGCUGUGCUCGGUUUUGAACUUGGCUAUUCAAUGACCAAUCCAAAUGCGCUUGUCAUCUGGGAAGCUCAGUUUGGUGAUUUCAAUAACACUGCGCAAUGUAUCAUCGAUCAAUUUGUGUCGUGCGGUCAAGCUAAAUGGGUUCGUCAAUCCGGUUUGGUAAUGUUAUUGCCACACGGUAUGGAAGGUAUGGGACCCGAACAUUCAUCGGCACGUUUGGAACGUUUCUUGCAAAUGUGCUCAGACGAUCCAGACUAUUUCCCACCCGAAUCUGAUGAAUUUGCCAUUCGUCAAUUGCACGAUAUAAAUUGGAUCAUUGCAAAUGUUUCAACGCCAGCCAAUUACUUCCACAUUUUGCGUCGGCAAAUUGCAUUGCCAUUCCGCAAACCGUUGGUCUUAAUGACACCAAAAUCAUUGCUACGUCAUCCGGAAGCAAAGAGUGAAUUUAGUAAAAUGACCGAAGGUACCGAAUUUUUGCGUGUCAUUCCUGAAGAAGGUGUUAGCGCCCAAUCACCAGGAAGCGUUAAGAAAUUGAUCUUCUGCUCGGGUCGUGUUUACUACGAUUUGACCAAAGCACGUAAAGAACGUGGCCUUGAAUCAGAGGUUGCAAUCUCAAGAGUUGAACAGAUUUCGCCGUUCCCAUAUGAUUUGGUCAAAGAGGAAUGUGCCAAAUACCCGAAUGCCGAGCUUGUUUGGGCUCAAGAAGAGCACAAGAAUCAAGGUGCCUGGAACUACAUUCAACCAAGAUUCUCAACUGCAUUGAAUCAUACUCGUGAUAUUGGUUAUGUGGGUCGAUCAACGGCUGCUUCAACUGCCACCGGAUCAAAGGCUCAACACAAUAAAGAAUUGGCGCAAUUGUUGGAAGCCGCAUACACCUUAUAAAUCCAAAAGUGAUUUGGGCUAAGAAACAAAACAAAACAACAGAAAUCAGGAAAACCCUAACUUAAAAACCGAAGCUGUUUAGACGAAUGAGAAACAAAUUACACAUGCUCUCAAAAAAUGAAAUAUUAAAAAACAAAACAAAAAAAAAACUCUAACACAAAAAAACUAGUGAAAAAAAUCUAAGAUGGUUACAACUGCAAAUUAAUAGUAUUGCCAAUGUCGCCUAUAUUUUCAAUAUUCUUAAUAGAAGAAUUUAUCAUAAAA